GAUGGCGAGGGGAAAACUCGCUUGAACAUGUGGGCUCGUUUAGUCUGACCGCCUGCCUUCACAGUAAAUGGACGUCUGUGGUUUGGGAUUAUAAUUACGCAAACAAUUGUUCUCGACUCAUUCGGAGGGAGGGUUUGACACCGGAGUCGAGUUUCAUUCAACAUCAUGGCAAACCGGGAGAGAAACAAAAAGAUUUUACUGGAACUGGUGAAACAGCCGGACAACAGUACAUGUGCAGACUGCGGCGCUCCGGAUCCAGACUGGGCGUCCUACAAGCUGGGUGUGUUUGUAUGUCUGAACUGCUCUGGGAUCCACCGCAACCUUUCCAGCCGGGUCAAAUCCAUAAAACUGGACUUCUGGGAGGACGCCCUGGUGGAGUUCAUGAAAUCCAAAGGCAAUGCCAACGUCCGAGCUCAGUAUGAGAAAGCUGUUCCGGUGUACUACUAUCGACCUCAGCAAAAAGACUGUGCUGUGUUGCGAGAGCAGUGGAUACGAGCUAAAUACGAGAGGAUGGAAUUCAUAGGAGACACCAAAUAUCCACCACUCUGUUAUACCACAGGUUUCCAUGAAGGGAUGCUGUGGAAGAAAGGGAAGGAGAACAUGCAGUUUCUGCAGAGGAAGUUUGUUCUGUCUGAGAGGGAGUUUACCCUGUCUUACUACAACAAGGAAGACGAGACUAAAGGCCCGAAGGCUGUGAUCUCCAUCAAGGACCUGAACGCCACCUUUCAGCCUGAGAGGAUCGGCCAUCCUCACGGGUUACAGCUCACCUACCAAGAGGACAACCACAUCAGGAACCUCUAUGUUUACCACGAGAGCCCUGAGGAAAUAGUCACAUGGUACAACGCCAUUCGUGCAGCUCGCUAUGCUUACCUGAAGACAGCUUACCCUACUGGAAGCAAUGAAGAACUGAUACCAAAGAUCACAAGAAACUACCUCAAAGAGGGAUUCAUGGAAAAGACCGGCCCACUGCAAAAGGAGACGUUCAAAAAGCGAUGGUUCAUCUUGGACUCUCAGGACAGGAAGCUGCUGUAUUUCAAAGGCCAGCUGGAUGCAGAGGAAUUGGGGGUGGUGUUUAUCGGCACAGAGAGCAACGGUUACUCGGUGAAGGAGUGUGUCCCAAAGAACGCGCGAGGCAACAAGUGGAAGUGCGGCGUGUUGGUUGAAACCCCUGAGCGCCAGUUUGUCUUCAUGUGCGAGCAGGAGAGGGAGCAGAAGGAGUGGCUGGACGCCCUCCGGCAGGUGCUGUUCAGGCCCAUGGCACCUCAGGACUACACAACUGAAGCGAACAUUAGGUGGAAGAGAUGAACGGCGGAGGGCCGACAGGGCAGAGAAUGACAGAGAGAGGACUGCACUGUGUGAAGACCCAAGUGACUGGACUCCUGCAGCACCACAGAUCAGCAGUGACUGUUUCCUCAGUACUGACUGUCCCUGCUUCGUCGCAGCACAGCAGCUUGACACGUGACACAGACUUUUGCUCUGUGCCUCAGUUUGGCCCAGAGACUCCCAUCAACUCAGCCGACUGGAUCUGGUGCUCUUUCCCCCGCUGGCUGUAUCAGACAUCGGAGUUACUUCAGAGUUGCUGCGCAGGACCGAAAAAUCUUCAAACUGUAUAAAACGUUUUCAUUAUUCAAGAGCAAUUCCUGACAUUUGAGGAAAUAUAUUAUCAUUAUGUAAUAUCCAGUCAUGUGACCAAUAAAGUUCCCCUAUGUCACUGGA